AUGGCCGAAGCACUUGUUUCUUCCAUCUUGACAAUGGCAAAAGCACUUGCUUCUUCCAUGUCGGAGCAACUCAUUGCUAUCAGUACUAAGAUUGCACGGCAAGAGCUGAAGUUAGUAACGGAUGUUGAGAAAGAAGUCGAAAAGCUUGAUAGCAAUUUUAAGGCCAUCCGCAAUACGCUUGAAGAAGCAGAGCAAAGGCAAAUAGUGGAGAAAAAUGUGAAAGUUUGGUUAGAAAAGCUCAAAGAAGUGUCUUGUGACAUGGAGCGUCUGUUGGAUGAGUGGAGAACUGCACUCUCCAAGUUACAAACAGAUCCUGAAUUAGAUGUAAGUGCUUCUAUUCCCAAGAGGAAGAAAACUUCCUUAACUUCAUGGGUUUCUUCUUGUCGUCAAGUUGUUUGGCAUCGUGACAUUGCUAACAAAAUAAAACGAAUCAAUGAAAGGCUAGAUGAGAUUGCUAAGCAGAAAGAUAGAUAUCAUUUGACAAAAACCAAACAAUAUAGUCGAGUAGAGAGUACAUCUUUUAUUGAUGUGUCCAAGUUACAUGGUCGAGAUGAGAUUAAAAAAGAGAUAGUGGAGAUAUUGUUGAAUGGGACUAGUGAAGAAGGCUGCAUUCAGACCAUCUCUCUAGUAGGGAAGCGAGGGAUCGGAAAAACAGCUCUUGCUCAAUUAAUCUUUAAUGAUCAAAAAGUUCAAGCACACUUCAACAAAAACGUAAAGUGGGUGUGGGUCUCGGAGCGUUUUGAUCCAAACAAAAUUGCGAGAGCAAUUUUAGGAAUUCUGGACAAAGAUUCAGCUGACAACCUCCAAAAUCCAAUUCCCUUACAAGAUGUUCUGACCAAAAUUUCUGAAAAAAUCGGAAGUGCAAAAUUCUUGCUUGUUUUAGAUGAUGUGUGGACAGACCGUGAUGAAGAUUGGGAGCCACUAGAAGCUGUUUUACAACAAAACAAGUCUGGAAGUAAGAUUUUAGUGACUACUCGUAAAGAAUCAGUUGCAACGCGGAUGGAAUCCUCUCGAGUGUUUCGUUUGAAAGAAUUAUCUGAUGAAGUGUGCUGGUUGAUACUUAGUCAAUCGGCCUUUAAGGGAAAGGGAAAUGAGUUGCGUAAAAACUUGGAGGAUAUUGGAAGGGAAAUAGCAAAGAAGUGUAAAGGUUCACCACAUGUUGCUAAGACUUUGGGAAGAUUGCUGCGGAAGGAAAAUACUAGGAGUGAGUGGCAAAAUAUACUGAAUAGUCAGAUAUAG